AUGUCAGCAAAAGAGAAAGGCGCAAAGCGGCGAGAAUACACGCCGAAAAACGCUGAAAAUAAUGCGGCUAGAACACAGACGUGUGGAAGAUGUGGUAGCAGUGCACACGAAAAGCCCAAGUGCCCCGCAGCGGGAUCAAUCUGUCGCAACUGCGGAAAAAAAGGUCACUGGCAACAAGUUUGCUUUAAGAAGCUUAGGAAUGAGGGCAAGAGCACUCUAAAAGAGGUGACUCUACAGGACCCAAAUGAAGCGCCAAACUGGAUGAUUGGAAGCAUCCACGCAGCUGAAGGAAGUGCGUGGAAAGUCAAACUGCGAGUCAACGGAACGCCUGCUACGUUCAAGAUAGACUCUGGUGCAGACGUCAGUGCCAUGCCUCCUAACACUGUCCCAAGCAAGGUGACCCUUGAGGAGACAGCUGCCAAGCUCUACGGUGCGAACAGGCAGCAAUUCGAAGUGUUGGGCAAGUUUCAAGCGACAAUACAACAUAACAAUAAGUCUAUACAGCACGUGAUCUACGUAGUGAACGGCCUGGAAGAGCCCUUUUGGGAAGAAAAGCCAGCAGCGAAUUGGAGCUGA